AUGGCGGGUAACCGCCCCACAGAGUUGACAGGUGCUGCGGAAUGGAGUGAAACGUUGUAUCAGUUGAAACAAGCUUUAUCUUUAGGAAUCACUGAAAGAAGAAUAUCUGACGAAUUCUUUGUUUUCGAUCUGCUUAAGGGUGUGUGUGAAGAUGGCGUACAGGAAGUGACCAGAGUCCAGCUGCUUACAUUCCUGGAGGAGCAUGGGCAACUUCUUAUUCAGCAAGACAAUGUUGAGCAAGUUCUGGCCUCCUUACUUGACAUAUUUCAACAGGGACAGAAAACAGGAACGAGUGGGCCAUUUCUGUGUCAAGUGUUGACCACACUGACCACUAUACUAGUUGAGUUUGACCAGCUGGGUAAGGCUGUUGAUAUCUGUCAGCGUAUAUUGGAAACACUGUUAACAAUCGUGUCCCAGGUGAAUGACACAGCUCAACUUCUCCUCCGCUCUCAUGCCUGUUCUUGUCUUCUAGAACUGGAGAUUAGCUAUCCUACACUGUUGAGGAACAAACUAGAGUGCCUGUACAGUGCUGUGAAGGCAGAGAGGAGCUGGCUAUAUGAAGACUAUGUAUGCCUGUUGACCUGCGUUCUACAGCAUGCCCUGGCUGCCCUGGUUACAUCAGGUGACAAUGUGACAGAUAACAAGCUAACAGAUUUGGUGUGUAACAGAAAAGAGGAAAUUAAGGACUGCCCAGACUUACAGACUCCCUUUUACACUGUGACUCAUUCUGAUGACCUCCCGACCUUUAAUCCCAGCGUUGAGGCUAAAGAGGUGCUGCAGAUUAUCUCCCACAUCAUGGAACACUCUGUCAUGUUCACGCCUGCUGGACUCGUCACCGUCGUCACUCAGCUCAUAAAGAUUGUCACACAGAUUCCAGCCUUGUCACCUAUUGUGUUUAAGCCAGUUCUACUGCAGUAUCUUCCCACCAUGGACCUUUCACUGUUACAACUAGUUCUUACUCUGAAGAGAGUAUUUAACGGAGUGCUGUUAUCUGAGCUAGAAGAGAAGGCCUUACUCCAGCACUUCAUGUUUGCACUUAACCAUCCAGGUUAUGCAGCUGCCCAUAGACUGCUAAUCUACCAGUGGCUAUUUCACUACGACUCUAAAACAGGGGUUUCUGAAUCUGACCAUUUACCUGUGCGCCUGUCUGAUCAGAGCUAUGAUCAGUUGUUCCCUUCAGUCUUUGAUGGAGUGGACACUCAGGUGGUCAAACUACGGUCACUCAGUCUGUGUCUGAAGCCAGGUGCUGAAUCAGACAUGGCCUCAGCUGUCUUAAUGAGCAGCCUGGUGAACUUACACAAAACUGUGCAGCACAAUGUCAGCGGGAGGGCCACAGUCGCUCUCUUCAGGGUGCUCUUCACCUUCUACAGGCAACACCUGGAGAGCUGUCUACCUCAGGACAUCAAACAGUUUAUUAUUGGGCUGGUGUCUAACUCCAUCCAGCUAGUCCCAUAUGCCAUUGACUUCCUAAACUCCCUGACACAACUGCCACAAUCCAGUGGUGUACACUUGGAGAUACUGAAGGCCUUACACAGACAAGUGGUACAGUCUCCAGCACAGGAUGUCACUUCACAGUUAGACUAUGUGCUGCAGGUCCUGCAGAAAGCUGCCACAGAGAAGCAAAUCAACCCCAAGAUGACUUUGAACUUCCUGCAGCGUGUGUUAGAGUGGGCACCACAGUUGCUCCAGGGAAACUGGGUGCAUGGGAAUGCUGUGCUGGCCGUGGGCAGGAAUAUACUGCAGCAUCACUCCACUGACCUCAUCUACAAUGAGUUGGGUCGGCUGUUCCAUUCCAUGAUGACAACAUAUGACGAUGUAGAUAUAAAGGACAGGGCGAGGUUUUACUAUGCCUUGUUGACUGGGGCUUCAGAUGAGAAGAUAGGACUGGUACUCACAAAUUCAACAGCAAAGAACGGCACCUCCAACAGUAGUCUACAGAGUAUAGUGGCAGGACCGGGGGGCUUCCUCAAUCAGACAACACUUACAGAACUGGAGAAAUCACCUGUAACAUGGACCAGACUGACCCAGCGUUACAAAUGGACACCACAGCCGCCGGCCAUCAGUCAGGAUUCUGUCACACAACGUGCAGAUCCUGUCAGGUUAUACCUAGAACAGCUUGACAUGCAUUCACCCGUCCUGGAGUUCAACUUUCAGCUAAGAAUGGUGGACAUUUGUGAUUUUGACCAACUUUUAGCUGUUACCAUUGAAAUAGAGACGAAUUCCAACUGUGAACCUGUUAAAGAUGUCCAUCUCUCCUGUUUGCUACCCUCUGAAGAGAAGAGUUUCACUGUUGAUUUGAUUCCAAAACUGCCAUUACCAAUGUCUUAUCCAGCAAGAGUGAUGUUUACCUCCCCUGACAGUCGCACCUACUCCUGUCAACUUGAGCCUGUGGACGUUAGAUUCGAGGACUAUUUUGUUCCUGUACCGAUCACACUUUGUACUGACACUGACCCAGAACUGUUCUUCAACAGACUGUGGACAGAUACUUUACUGGACAAAGUAACGAGUGACAAUACAUCUGGUGAAAGGGGAGUUCAGUCUGUUUACUCACCCAAGUUUGGAAUGGAGAAAAUGGAGAAAAUUUUAUGCGGAAAACUGAAGCCGUUCGUCAUAAAUUCUAAUUCAGAUACCCAUGUACAUCGUGUGGCCAUCCUCUUACCUGUCCACCAUCACCUGCUAAUGAAGAUUGAACCUGUGGACGGGAGAGUGAUCAUACACACUGCCACGGAUCUCUGGGAAAUUUUGGGGGUUUUACAGACGUUUUUAGACAAUUUACACGACGAGGGUACUGGAGAUCAUUCUUGAUGUUGAAUUGAAAUGUUCAAAUAACACUGAAUCACUGGAUUCAAUAGUUUCCUUCACAGGCAUGUGUGACAUGCAGUGUUUGAAAUCCAAUCAUCCAUUCUUCUACUUCAUCUUUUUUUGUAUUUAUGCAAGGAUUCGCUAACAAAGAUGGCGUCCAUCACUGAAAGAGAUUCGUUUUCAUCCGAGCGUCAUGCUUGAGUAAGUUAAAUGAAGACAACAAUAAUGAUUUAGUGGACAGGAGGUUAAGAAAGACGGAUGAAAUAAGGAAUAUGGAAAUAAGGAAGGAUGAAGACAAGAAUAGAUCACGCACUCAUCACUUUACCGAAAAAAAGCAUUUAUUGACAAGACUAUAUGUAACAAUCAUGUAAAAGAUAUAUAAAAUUAAAAGUGUCCAUUGGAAUGUGUUAUAUUUAUCUGUAACUCAUGUGUAUGUACAUGGUCUUUAUGUGAUACAAGUAAGUAUAUGAUUGUCAAUGCAACUCAGGAAAGAUUUCGUAAUGUCAGGAUCCUGGCAGUCCUGAACGUUGUUACGGGCUCUCGGUGGCAAGGUCAAGGUGGUGUGUCAGGUACCUAACAAACGGCAUUGAUGGAAACCGAGCACCUGCAAACCUCACUGUCAUUGUAUACACUAAACAGUAUUCAGUACAGGAC